UACGUGUGUGCACGCGCUACAGUUUGACACAAUGAUGCACGGUACAGUUCGGUUCUGAGAGACAACGAAAGCAAAACGUGGAGCACUUUUUCAACACGCAUGCAGAGCUGACGGUGAAAGGCAAGUGGGCUGUCUGUAAAACACGUGCGCUUAGGAAAAUAUGUUUUUUGUUGUUGUUUUUUUUAUAAACCGGAACAGACGUAUUCCCGCUUCCAGUCGGACACGUGCGGGAAUUACGCGCCAUGUAGUUGGUACGCAUGCGCAUUAGGUCUUUUCAGUACCCGUGUGCUUCAGCUGCAAACAAGCCACCAUUGGUGAGUUUGGGUUCUUCGUCGAAGUUGUUCAGCUUUGCGCAUCUUACACGAUUGUCCAGUAUCAGACUGAUUUUUACACCACUGACUGUGGCAUAAUAGUGCUUGCACCAUGGAAGGUGCUGAAAGUGAUCUUACACUGGAAAAGAAGCGAUUGACAGAAGAUGCAUGUCUCCAUACUUCACACUCGGUGUCUGUGGUUUUGAAGCCAAGCAAAAUUGAUGAGUGUGGAAGAAAUCAGACAAACCAAGUUACCUUGUCUUCUGUUACACUUACUCAGAGUUCAACUCAAGAAAGUCGCAUGAACGGCGACAUUAAAGUCACUCUGGAGAACGAAUCGGUUUGGAGUCGGUUUCACGACUUAGGCACAGAGAUGAUCCUCACAAAGCAAGGCCGGCGUAUGUUCCCCUGCUGUCGAUUUAAACUAAGUGGAUUGGAUCCACAAAGGAAGUACUUUCUGGUCAUGGAUAUCAUGGCUUUAGAUGACUUUACCUACAAAUGGAAUGGAAAGACCUGGGAGCCUGUUGGAUUGGACGAGUCUCAUGUGCUGGGACAGAUAUGUGUUCACCCAGAGUCCCCAGCCUUGGGCCAACAGUGGAUGGAUAGCACUGUGUCUUUUUACAAGGUGAAGCUAUCCAAUGAUUCCAUGGACCAAGAGGGCUGUGUGCGUUUGCAUCCAAUGCACCGCUACCUACCACGACUUCGUAUUGUUCCUUUUGAUCCAGAUUUAGGAGGGACUAUUGCACUUGAUAGUCCAAAGGUUAAGAUAUUUAGCUUCCCUCAAACAGCGUUUUAUGCCGUCACCAGCUACCAGAACCCUCAAAUCACUCAGCUUAAAAUUGACUGUAACCCUUUUGCAAUGGCCUUCAGAGAAGACAGUCAAAGCAUUUGCCUGCUGCAAGACAAACUCAGGCCCUGCUCUUCUGUUGGUACACGCUUUCGAGCUCCUCUUUUAAGUUUGGCACGGAAUUUCAGUGGAAAAUGGAAAGAGGUUGCAGUAAAGAACAGCGCCUCAACCCGUAUUCAAGACAACAGAGAAAGAGGUCUUUCUGCAGAAACAGAAUCUCUUAAAGAGGGAGAGGGCAUCUUUAGUAAAAUGAAAAAUGGCAUUUUAAGUUGUCCAAAUAAUACUGAUUACAGUGAAAAUGACAGAGGAAAUGAUUCUGUGUAUAAUUGUACAGCAGAACCCGUGCUGGAUGAGUAUAUGGCACCUUUGGAAUUUGAACAAAGUGAUCCUUUAGAAGAACCCUUGCCAAUUGCUGAUGAACCAUUUCCUCACAUAAGCAGCACUGAAAAUUCGAAAUCUUCUGAGAGUUUUGAACAUGCUGUUAGUUCCUACUUAGGCUGCCAAGACAGUGGCUCACCGACAAAAACAUUAAUGUCUGCUCGGAGUUCUCAGACUGAGAGGGAAAUAAAGUCUGUUGCUGCUUCCCUGCCCAGACCACCACUUAAUGCUAGUCAAGUACAUGAGCGAAAAUCAGGCCACCCGCUUAAACGUCGGAGGGGCAAAAAAGCUAAAUCUAAACUGUGGUCUAGGGCAAAGUAUAAGAAACCCCCUCCUACAGUUGUGCCACUUAACGCUCCUUUGCACCCAGACCUUGAAGAUGUGGAGGGAAUGUUGUUUGUAUCUUUUGUUGCAAAGGAAGCCUUAAAAACUCCUGCUGAAAACACAAAGGAAAGUGAAACGUCAAUGCUUUCACAAUCUCCAACACAUGACCAGUCAGAUAAUCAUGAAGCUGAAGAUGUCAAUCUUUCUGUGCCGGAAAGAAUUGCCAAAUUGGAGAAAAUUUUACUCCUUCACCUAAAACAGCAAAAACACAGACAGGUCAUUCACCCAUGCCUACAAGACGUUGGCAUGAAAUUGACCCUUCUGGAUCCAAAGUUACCUAUAGACUUGCAGUACCUUGGUGUGCAAUUGCCCCCUCUUCCACCUCUUCACAAGGGUUCAGAUAAAAUGCAUCCCAUGAGCCUGUCGCCUUCUCCUGACGGUGCUGGAUUAUUUGUGUCACGGACAGGGAAGACAAAUGAUCCCACAAAGAUUAAAGGCUGGAAAGAUAAAUUUAAGACGAACACUGUACGGUCCACAACUGAAGGCCUGAAAAACAGUUCGGCAUUCUGCAGUGAAAUGCUGGAUGCGUAUCUAGAAAAUGAGGCCCAGCAAAUCAGCGAUCGUGUUGCUGUGUUUUCUAAAUGCUCUGCAUCACCAGUAUCUUACCAGCUACCUUCAAAGAGCAGCAGUUAUGUGGUUACUCUGGACAGUCUUCUUAAGAGUCGAUCUGUUUCAUCAAAGAAGGACUACACCAAACCGACGGAAGAAAUUCUACUCAGAUCUCCACUUAGAGGAUCUCCAAACACUGCUAUACCUUUGUCUUCAGCAGGAUUUCAACAUGGAUUACAAGGAAACCGAAAGAAAGGGAGAAAUUUUGCAUGUUCGCUUCAGGCACAGCAAGAUGCAUUGUCUACACUUCAAGCCAGCAAAUCCUUGAUAUCUGUUUCUAGAGGUGAAAUAGAGAAACAACCUGGCAAAUGGAACGUCAGUGUCUCUGUAAAAGCCAGAAACAAGAUGUUACUUCAAGAGAUGGAGAAAAAGGCAAUGGAUCUUGGUAAAGUUUGUACACACAUCACUGCUGAAAGAGCAAAAUUUGCUCUUUCUUCUCUGAUUAAUUUCAAGAAAUCACGCAAAAGGCCUAAGUACUACAUGCACAGAAAAAAUGAGAAAGAAUGUCCUGAGGAUUUCUGUCGUUUGGGCUGUGUAUGUGAUAGCCUGGGCAGGGAAAUCCGAGGGCCUACACACUGUCGGAGAGUUGAGUGCAUGUUUGACUGCAAAUGUUUCAAGCACAAGGUUCUUCUGCGCCGUCCUCCAAAAGAGACAGCAAAUGUUCAACAGGGAAGGAAGAGUUCAGUACUGGCUUUUUCUAUUUCAGACCCAGAGUCGGAAACCAGACCACCACCUGCACCCAGUAUCACCACCUUAUGGAAAAGGAACACAGGGGAAUAUGACCCUGAGCCAAUAUUUAUUCCAGAGCCUUCACUUUCUUCUAAAAAAGUGCCUUAUUUACGUACCAGUCUUAACUACUCCUUUAAUCAGGUGCGGGAGGAAGAUAAAGAUCCUGUGUAUCUAUAUUUUGAGAGUAUGAUGACAUGUGCUCGUGUGAGAGAGUACAACAGUAAUCCACCACCUCAGAUACACAUGUUCCCUACCAAAAAAGAAAUGGCAGAACCUGAAGAGCUUAAUGAAAUUGCAGAAGCAGGCGAACCAACUUCCUCUCAAAAAGCGAGAGAAACAAAUUCGACAGAAAUUCCAAUAAAGACACCGGAGCCCAAGCCCACUAAACUGCUGGAAAUCCUGUCUGAGUGUAACUGGGAGCCUCAUCGGAAUUUGGUUUUGAGCACGCUGUUUCGGCGCAUGAACAGUGACCUACUCUCUGAGCCUUUCUGCUUUGGCAUGUACAAAAUACAGCUCCUUUCUACUACCAUCAAAGGAGUAGACAGGUCUUCUACAAUUACUUACAAGGUGUGCAUCUCCCGGGCGAAUGAAAAAGAGAUGACUGAAGACUUGCAGCCACCAGUGAAGAAGGGAAUGAAAAGAAAAAGUGUAAAAGGUGUUAAAACCAAAGUAUCAAAGAAGUGUGAAAUACGAGCUCGGAAAGCAACAGAGGGCUCUGAUUCUCUAACGCAGCAAAAAAGGUUUUUCUCUAAGAGAGUGUUCAGGGCUUUGCCCUACCGCACCCAUGCUGCUCAUGUUGGUUGCCUCAAGGCAGAUAAAAAGAAACCCGGAAGCUCUACUCAAAGUCUAAUUAAGGUAAAUGGCAAAACAUACUCUAAAGCUAAAUUCCUUUUGGGCCACAUUGGUGCAUUACAUCGAGUGAAUCGCAUUGCAGCUUUUGUCACUGGCAGGCUACAGCAUGUACAUCGAGAUCAGACUAAAUGUGUGGGUGAUGUCACUAAAACAUGUCUUCCCAAAGCAUCUCUCAAGCCUAGUUCUAAAACCAAAGUGACAAACGUUUCAAGGCAAACAAAUCAUGCUGUAGCCAGACCACCUUCAGCCAGUGAACCUGAACCUAAGAACAGAAGUUCAAACAGUAGUCCGAUGAAUGCCCUUUCUCAACUUGUGGGCUCACCCCCUGGCACAACCACCAUUGUACCUGAUGGCACCAGAUUUGUUCUUGUGCCAGUAACAUUUCCCAACUCUGCAGCUGCUCCGUCAGCAGAAACUGUUAAUAGUUCCACCCUCCCACCUGGUCAGCAAGUGGUUCUGCAGCCUGCUCCAGGGUCAAACUUUUUAUGCCAGUACAAUGGCCAAAUGAUCCAACUAAAGCCCAUCAGCACUGGGCCUCUUGUUCAGCCACAACCUAGUUCUGCCAGUGAAGAAAACACUUCACAGGUUAUGGAAGCACCAUGCCUGCAAAAAGACACCAGAUUUCUUCAGAUGCCUUUGAUCUCUACUCCUCAUUCAAAAGCGUUACUCAAGCCUUUGCCAGACAUUUCACCCAUUGCGCUCUCUCUGUCAGCAAAGAGUGGCAUGAACGUUGCCAGUGGCAUGUCAGCUUUUAACUUGCAGUCGAGUUUUCCAGGUAAAACUGGUACAUUCUCUUUUCGAAUCUGUCCCCCUACUGGCCAAGGGAAGACUGUAAGAUCAGAGCAUGGUGGUAAGCCUCCUGAACCCUCUGCUGACAGUCCUUCUGCUGUGUUACUUCCUGGAGGUUUCACCUUGAUUAAACUCCUUCAGCCUGCUGUGCCAGCUGUUCCUGCAAAUGUCACCUCAGCUGAUUUUCUUCAAGCUGAAAUCCCACAGAAUGAUGAAAAUAUGAGGAAAUCUAUCGUACAGAGUUGCUCCCCCAGCGUUGAACAAAAUCAUCAAGUCUCAGAAAACAUUUCCAAUCCACUUCUUGCUGAAACAUCAAACCCUGAACAUGGGGCUCCUGCUGGCUUAAGCCAGAGUAGCAUUAGCCUUCCCUCAGAAGAUGUUAAUAAAGAUGAGCCUGUGGAACACGUCUCUGGUUCAGUAAAUACAUUGUCUCCAGGCAAGUUUAACUGGGUACCUGAUGGUGCUGUGAUGGUACACUCAAGUGAUGUUAGUGAAUUGGAAACUGAGGAUCUGGAUGACUGGCCACCCAAUGGAGCAGAGCGAAUUUUGUGGAUUGACUCUGCUGAUGAAGAGGAGAAUGAAAUCCCACCUUCGGAGGAAGCCAGUGAGCCAAAGACUACAAUAGGAGCUAACUUUAGUAGCUGUGAUGAAAGGCUUGUAGAUAAUCUUCAAGAUGCAUGUUCUAAAAGCUCUCCUGUUGAUGAACAAAAACAUCUGAAAUCUAGCAUAUCCAGUAAUGGCAAUGAAAAAGACUGUGAUUCAUGCAUAAAUGCAAAUAACUCCUACACUGCAAAUAUUAGCAAGCAAGAGCCAUCUUUCUCAGUUCCCAUUAAAAAGGUUGCCAAUAAUAAUCCAUCACAGAUACUUUCUGGCUCCCAUAAUAUCAGUGUUCAGUUUCAAGAAGAUUGUCCUUCAGUUGACAUUAAAAAUGAGCCAUAUAACACAACCGAUAUGGACAAGGCUGGGAAUGAGCCUGGCAUCAAGGACCAAGGGCUUCUAGCUGAACAUAGCACUUUGGCUAUCAGUAGAAUAGAAACUAACCAUCAAACAGGGGAGAAUACAUUUCUCAAACAUGUUCAGCUCAUGAACGAAAGACUUGACUCUGCUAAUAAUUACGGUGUUUCUACUAACAUAGAAUCAUGCAGUGACUCACCUAGAACACACACCAGCACCAUGUGCGAUGUUGCUAAACAGCAUAUUGUCUCAGAGGAUAUUUUACUACUUAUGAAUAAAGAAGAACCCAGUAUGAAUCAAUCAGUGACAGAAUUUCCACAAGACCCAAAUAAGCAAGGUUUGGGCUCUAAAAACAGUUCCCAAAUUCUCACUCAUAUGGAGUUUUAUAACAAUCCAUCCAAACUCAACACCACAGCUUCACUGCAUGCCAAAGACAUUCAUGAGAAUGCUGACGCUGCUGGUAAUGCUCAAUGCCGUUUACUCGAUAGUCAGACACUUGUGACCUCCACACCCACAGCACAUCCACUAAACACAGCCUCUUUGGUUGAGAAAACUGGCUUACAAUGUGUGUCGCCUGUUCCUCAUAAUAAGCAGAAAUUAUCCCCUGAGCUAUCGGAUGGUUUUGCUAACCUGUCAGACAACUGCACUAAGAGUUCUAAAAUAUCAGAAUCAAAUGAGGGAAAAGAUGAAGCAUUGGAUAGGAACAAUACUGCAGUCGGAGAGCUGUGCAGUGAUUAUGAGAUUGCUGUGGAUGUGAUGAACUUGAGUGAAGAUGAAGUCGAAGACGAGUUUGACAGAGAUGAACCCGAUUCAAUAGCCUCUGGUGAGACCUCUAGUGAUGACGAGGAUUCCAGUAAUAUCUCCACUAGUGACAGUGAAACAACAACAGAUGACACUAUGGACUUAUCGAGUGAAGAUGAUGUUGAUGCUGAAUCAUUUGAGGACAAUGAUGGAAAGAGACUUAUAAACAUGAUAAAUGUUCAAACCAGACAUAAACACAAAUCAAGGAAAGCAGUUAAAUUGAAAAAAAAGAUUAAGUAUCUCACAAACCUUAAGACAUCAAGAUAUCUGCCAGUGCAUGAGCUAGAAAAACGGCUCAAUCACACUGAAAAAGAGCGCAUUCGCAGAGAUGAAAUGCGUCAAUCCUUUGUUGCACUGAAAAAAGCACUGAAUGUUGAGGAACGAGUCAAAAUGUGCAACCAUGACAUUCUAAAUCAGGCUCGACUUACGAUUUGGGCUCUUAAGGACCGGAGUCAGUGUUUAGAGGAAAGGAAAAAAGCUCUACUUCAGAGACAGUCUGCCUAUCUUCACAAGAUUGUAGAACUGUCUGAAAAGACAGAGGAUGGUGUCAACACGUGGGUUCAGGAACAAUGUGAACAGCAAAAGCAGAUUGGCUCCCAAAACACACUGCAGACCUCAGUUUCAGGUCCUUUAGUAAACCCUCAACGGUUAGAUAGUGAUGGCAACAGACUUCCACCCAGUCUUGGAUGUGGGAAAGCACCUAAUUAUAUACACAAAAAGGCCUUAAGGCAGCCUCCUAUUACUACCACAGAAGAACAAUCAUUGCCAAAGAUUGCGUUGCAGUCCUUCGGCAAGACUGACGCUGUACAGCACACAUAUAAAACAAGAACAUCUCAAGCAAGUUCUACUGAAGUCUCCAAGUCUGCUAAACAGUUAAUGGAUGGUAAUUUGGAUUUGAAUGUCCAAACCAAAGAAAUCGAAAAAUGCAGUGCAACAAGAACCUCAUGUGUAAUGGAGAAAACUCUAGUGACAGAGAACUCAAACAAAGAGAGCCCAGCUCCAUCCUCCGAAGUCACUGGGAAUGAUGUCCAGAUUAAAACAUUGUCCAAGUUGGAGAAUGAACAGGCUGUGGUAAAAGUGAGGAAAAAAAUUGGAAAAAAUGUAGUGGUAAUAGAAGAGACUUUAUCCAGUCCUGAUGUCUUAGGACCCAGGAAGCUAAGGCAAAGACCCCCUGCAGUUACUGGAGGGGCCACAAGGGGAAGAACAACAAAUAAAAGGAGGAGGAUUAUUUAGAAGUUUUAGACUUGUGAACUGGCUCACACGCUAGCUUCUCAGUUUUGUCUGUUAAUAAUAUUUAUAUUUUUUAAUUUUAGUUUUUUUGAGACUACAGAGGAUUUUGGGUAAAAAAUGUAGUUCUCUGUAUUUCUCUGCAAAAAAAAGAAUAAAGACUGCAGUACUUUUUAUUUUGGUGGUUGCAUCCAGACUGUUAGGACUGACCGUCUGUUUGAUUUUCAGGUUACUGCAAAUACACUUGUGCCCAAACUGAGGAUUGUUAAGAAUAGAUUAGCAUUUGAAUAAAACAUUAAAUUAAUGUAUGCAUAUUAACUGUAAUUGUUUCAUGAGAAACCCAUAUUGGGAUAAACUUACUAAAAUGCUUUUUAUUUUGGUUUAUCAUGUUACGUGUCUGUUCAUAAGUUCAGAUUUUGCUAAUAAGGGUUUCACAUGUAAGCAAGGAAUGGAUUAACUCAUUGUAUGAUAUACUUUUUUAAUCAUGAUUUUUACUGAUUAUCCUUUUGGGUCAGACUAAUUGUUGCAAAAUACAUUUGGCAGUAUAAAUACCUCAUGGUCGACAAAUUGUGAGGCAGUAUCUAAAGUGCAGGAAUAUCAAUGUAUAAA